UUUCUAUGGGGGUGGAAGGUGAGGAGGUAAACCUAGAGGUUUCUACGGGGGUGGAAGGUGAGGAGGUAAACCUAGAGGUUUCUACAGGGGUGGAAGGUGAGGAGGUAAACCUAGAGGUUUCUACAGGGGUGGAAGGUGAGGAGGUAAACCUAGAGGUUUCUACGGGGGUGGAUGGUGAGGAGGUAAACCUAGAGGUUUCUACGGGGGUGGAAGGUGAGGAGGUAAACCUAGAGGUUUCUACGGGGGUGGAAGGUGAGGAGGUAAACCUAGAGGUUUCUACAGGGGUGGAAGGUGAGGAGGUAAACCUAGAGGUUUCUACGGGGGUGGAUGGUGAGGAGGUAAACCUAGAGGUUUCUACAGGGGUGGAAGGUGAGGAGGUAAACCUAGAGGUUUCUACAGGGGUGGAAGGUGAGGAGGUAAACCUAGAGGUUUCUACAGGGGUGGAAGGUGAGGAGGUAAACGUAGAGGUUUCUAUGGGGGUGGAAGGUGAGGAGGUAAACCUAGAGGUUUCUACAGGGGUGGAAGGUGAGGAGGUAAACCUAGAGGUUUCUACGGGGGUGGAAGGUGAGGAGGUAAACCUAGAGGUUUCUACAGGGGUGGAAGGUGAGGAGGUAAACCUAGAGGUUUCUACGGGGGUGGAUGGUGAGGAGGUAAACCUAGAGGUUUCUACAGGGGUGGAAGGUGAGGAGGUAAACCUAGAGGUUUCUACAGGGGUGGAAGGUGAGGAGGUAAACCUAGAGGUUUCUACAGGGGUGGAAGGUGAGGAGGUAAACGUAGAGGUUUCUACGGGGGUGGAAGGUGAGGAGGUAAACCUAGAGGUUUCUACGGGGGUGGAAGGUGAGGAGGUAAACCUAGAGGUUUCUACAGGGGUGGAAGGUGAGGAGGUAAACCUAGAGGUUUCUACAGGGGUGGAAGGUGAGGAGGUAAACCUAGAGGUUUCUACGGGGGUGGAUGGUGAGGAGGUAAACCUAGAGGUUUCUACGGGGGUGGAAGGUGAGGAGGUAAACCUAGAGGUUUCUACGGGGGUGGAAGGUGAGGAGGUAAACCUAGAGGUUUCUACAGGGGUGGAAGGUGAGGAGGUAAACCUAGAGGUUUCUACGGGGGUGGAUGGUGAGGAGGUAAACCUUGAGGUUUCUACAGGGGUGGAAGGUGAGGAGGUAAACCUAGAGGUUUCUACAGGGGUGGAAGGUGAGGAGGUAAACCUAGAGGUUUCUACAGGGGUGGAAGGUGAGGAGGUAAACGUAGAGGUUUCUACGGGGGUGGAAGGUGAGGAGGUAAACCUAGAGGUUUCUACAGGGGUGGAAGGUGAGGAGGUAAACCUAGAGGUUUCUACGGGGGUGGAAGGUGAGGAGGUAAACCUAGAGGUUUCUACAGGGGUGGAAGGUGAGGAGGUAAACCUAGAGGUUUCUACGGGGGUGGAUGGUGAGGAGGUAAACCUAGAGGUUUCUACAGGGGUGGAAGGUGAGGAGGUAAACCUAGAGGUUUCUACAGGGGUGGAAGGUGAGGAGGUAAACCUAGAGGUUUCUACGGGGGUGGAAGGUGAGGAGGUAAACCUAGAGGUUUCUACAGGGGUGGAAGGUGAGGAGGUAAACCUAGAGGUUUCUACGGGGGUGGAAGGUGAGGAGGUAAACCUAGAGGUUUCUACAGGGGUGGAUGGUGAGGAGGUAAACCUAGAGGUUUCUACGGGGGUGGAAGGUGAGGAGGUAAACCUAGAGGUUUCUACGGGGGUGGAUGGUGAGGAGGUAAACCUAGAGGUUUCUACGGGGGUGGAAGGUGAGGAGGUAAACCUAGAGGUUUCUACAGGGGUGGAAGGUGAGGAGGUAAACCUAGAGGUUUCUACGGGGGUGGAAGGUGAGGAGGUAAACCUAGAGGUUUCUACGGGGGUGGAAGGUGAGGAGGUAAACCUAGAGGUUUCUACGGGGGUGGAAGGUGAGGAGGUAAACCUAGAGGUUUCUACGGGGGUGGAUGGUGAGGAGGUAAACCUAGAGGUUUCUACAGGGGUGGAAGGUGAGGAGGUAAACCUAGAGGUUUCUACGGGGGUGGAAGGUGAGGAGGUAAACCUAGAGGUUUCUACAGGGGUGGAUGGUGAGGAGGUAAACCUAGAGGUUUCUACGGGGGUGGAAGGUGAGGAGGUAAACCUAGAGGUUUCUACAGGGGUGGAAGGUGAGGAGGUAAACCUAGAGGUUUCUACAGGGGUGGAAGGUGAGGAGGUAAACCUAGAGGUUUCUACAGGGGUGGAAGGUGAGGAGGUAAACCUAGAGGUUUCUACAGGGGUGGAAGGUGAGGAGGUAAACCUAGAGGUUUCUACGGGGGUGGAUGGUGAGGAGGUAAAUCUAGAGGUUUCUACAGGGGUGGAAGGUGAGGAGGUAAACCUAGAGGUUUCUACAGGGGUGGAAGGUGAGGAGGUAAACCUAGAGGUUUCUACAGGGGUGGAAGGUGAGGAGGUAAAUUUGAUACCUAUUGCUGUAAAGAAUAGUGUACACUACUGAUUCAUGUUUUAGUUUCAUACUUAUUGCUGUAAAGAAUAGUGUACACUACUGAUUCAUGUUUUAGUUUCAUACUUAUUGCUGUAAAGAAUAGUGUACACUACUGAUUCAUGUUUAGUUUCAUACUUAUUGCUGUAAAGAAUAGUGUACACUACUGAUUCAUGUUUAGUUUCAUACUUAUUGCUGUAAAGAAUAGUGUACACUACUGAUUCAUGUUUUAGUUUCAUACUUAUUGCUGUAAAGAAUAGUGUACACUACUGAUUCAUGUUUUGUUUCAUACUUAUUGCUGUGAAGAAUAGUGUACACUACUGAUUCAUGUUUUAGUUUCAUACUUAUUGCUGUAAAGAAUAGUGUACACUACUGAUUCAUGUUUAGUUUCAUACUUAUUGCUGUGAAGAAUAGUGUACACUACUGAUUCAUGUUUAGUUUCAUACUUAUUGCUGUGAAGAUGAAAUGGGAUUUUUCUCACUCUUGUGUUUCUUCUGUAGAGCUUAAAAACAUUUCCUUUCUGUUUUUGCUAUUGUUUCUAUGACGAUCAGAUUGAGUGAUUAAUUGAUUGACCUCCGACCCCAAAGAUCCCGCCAAUGUCACAUCGUGUCAGUGAUUUGAUUGGCUCCUCUCUCAAAGCUGCACCCUGUUGAUAACCCCUUCAGCCAGUCAGCAGGAAGGGGUGGGUACCUCCUGUAACAGACAUCUUCCUCUCCUCUAGAUGACUCUGUAGUGAAGGAAGGGAUGGGUACCUCCUGUAACAGACAUCUCCCUCUCUAGAUGACUCUGUAGUGAAGGAAAGGGUGGGUACCUCCUGUAACAGACAUCUCCCUCUCCUCUAGAUGACUCUGUAGUGAAGGAAAGGGUGGGUACCUCCUGUAACAGACAUCUCCCUCUCCUCUAGAUGACUCUGUAGUGAAGGAAAGGGUGGGUACCUCCUGUAACAGACAUCUCCCUCUCCUCUAGAUGUCUCUGUAGUGAAGGAAAGGGUGGGUACCUCCUGUAACAGACAUCUUCCUCUCCUCUAGAUGACUCUGUAGUGAAGGAAAGGGUGGGUACCUCCUGUAACAGACAUCUCCCUCUCUAGAUGACUCUGUAGUGAAGGAAAGGGUGGGUACCUCCUGUAACAGACAUCUCCCUCUCUAGAUGACUCUGUAGUGAAGGAAAGGGUGGGUACCUCCUGUAACAGACAUCUCCCUCUCUAGAUGACUCUGUAGUGAAGGAAAGGGUGGGUACCUCCUGUAACAGACAUCUUCCUCUCCUCUAGAUGACUCUGUAGUGAAGGAAAGGGUGGGUACCUCCUGUAACAGACAUCUCCCUCUCUAGAUGACUCUGUAGUGAAGGAAAGGGUGGGUACCUCCUGUAACAGACAUCUUCCUCUCCUCUAGAUGUCUCUGUAGUGAAGGAAAGGGUGGGUACCUCCUGUAACAGACAUCUUCCUCUCCUCUAGAUGACUCUGUAGUGAAGGAAAGGGUGGGUACCUCCUGUAACAGACAUCUCCCUCUCCUCUAGAUGACUCUGUAGUGAAGGAAGGGAUGGGUACCUCCUGUAACAGACAUCUCCCUCUCUAGAUGUCUCUGUAGUGAAGGAAAGGGUGGGUACCUCCUGUAACAGACAUCUUCCUCUCCUCUAGAUGACUCUGUAGUGAAGGAAAGGGUGGGUACCUCCUGUAACAGACAUCUUCCUCUCCUCUAGAUGACUCUGUAGUGAAGGAAAGGGUGGGUACCUCCUGUAACAGACAUCUCCCUCUCUAGAUGUCUCUGUAGUGAAGGAAAGGGUGGGUACCUCCUGUAACAGACAUCUUCCUCUCCUCUAGAUGACUCUGUAGUGAAGGAAAGGGUGGGUACCUCCUGUAACAGACAUCUCCCUCUCUAGAUGACUCUGUAGUGAAGGAAGGGGUGGGUACCUCCUGUAACAGACAUCUCCCUCUCCUCUAGAUGUCUCUGUAGUGAAGGAAAGGGUGGGUACCUCCUGUAACAGACAUCUCCCUCUCCUCUAGAUGACUCUGUAGUGAAGGAAAGGGUGGGUACCUCCUGUAACAGACAUCUCCCUCUCCUCUAGAUGACUCUGUAGUGAAGGAAAGGGUGGGUACCUCCUGUAACAGACAUCUCCCUCUCCUCUAGAUGACUCUGUAGUGAAGGAAAGGGUGGGUACCUCCUGUAACAGACAUCUCCCUCUCCUCUAGAUGUCUCUGUAGUGAAGGAAAGGGUGGGUACCUCCUGUAACAGACAUCUCCCUCUCCUCUAGAUGACUCUGUAGUGAAGGAAAGGGUGGGUACCUCCUGUAACAGACAUCUCCCUCUCCUCUAGAUGACUCUGUAGUGAAGGAAAGGGUGGGUACCUCCUGUAACAGACAUCUCCCUCUCCUCUAGAUGACUCUGUAGUGAAGGAAAGGGUGGGUACCUCCUGUAACAGACAUCUCCCUCUCCUCUAGAUGACUCUGUAGUGAAGGAAAGGGUGGGUACCUCCUGUAACAGACAUCUCCCUCUCCUCUAGAUGACUCUGUAGUGAAGGAAAGGGUGGGUACCUCCUGUAACAGACAUCUCCCUCUCCUCUAGAUGUCUCUGUAGUGAAGGAAAGGGUGGGUCCCUCCUGUAACAGACAUCUCCCUCCCCUCUAGAUGACUCUGUAGUGAAGGAAAGGGUGGGUACCUCCUGUAACAGACAUCUCCCUCCCCUCUAGAUGACUCUGUAGUGAAGGAAGGGCUGGUUGUUGUUUCGGCCACACAGCCACCAGAUUGAACAGUAUUGAAUAUUGAACUAUCAUUGACCCCUGACAUUUCUAUGAAUUCUAAAAGAACCUUAUCCGAUAGAUUUGAAUCGUCGUAUGAUCACUUUCAAGGGUUUAUUAAAUGAAGAAGUUGAUGCUGCUGCUAUUUAUGACGUUCCUUUGCCUUAUCAGAUCACACAGAGAGAGAGAGAGAGAGCAGUUCAGAGACUGUCAGAGAGUCUACACCAUAGAGAGAUACAUUCAAAGAUGUUCCGGUGAAUUCUAUGGUAAACACACGGUAAACUAAUUACAAGCAGAACAGAAAUGCAUUGCCAACAUGUCAGUAGUGUUUGAGGGAAUUAGUUUGAGCAAGGCGAGGCACAGAAUCACUCAUCUUGAUCAAAUAAUAGUUGGAAAUAACUUGAAUACAUAGUUAUUUGAUAUGCUAGGAGAUGUAUAAAUCAGUCAUGCUGUGAAGUCUGACUGCAACGUAGUUGAUCUCAAAGACCGUAAACACAGUCUGCGAAUAGUAAACUCAUUCCAAAGACCGUCAACACAUUGUAAACUCAUUCCAAAGACCGUAAACACAUUGUAAACUCAUUCCCAAGACCGUAAACACAUUGUAAACUCAUUCCCAAGACCGUAAACACAUUGUAAACUCAUUCCCAAGACCGUAAACACAUUGUAAACUCAUUCCCAAGACCGUAAACACAUUGUAAACUCAUUCCAAAGACCGUCAACACAUUGUAAACUCAUUCCAAAGACCGUCAACACAUUGUAAACUCAUUCCCAAGACCGUAAACACAUUGUAAACUCAUUCCCAAGACCGUAAACACAUUGUAAACUCAUUCCCAAGACCGUAAACACAUUGUAAACUCAUUCCCAAGACCGUAAACACAUUGUAAACUCAUUCCAAAGACCGUCAACACAUUGUAAACUCAUUCCAAAGACCGUCAACACAUUGUAAACUCAUUCCAUAGACCGUCAACACAUUGUAAACUCAUUCCAAAGACCGUCAACACAUUGUAAACUCAUUCCAUAGACCGUCAACACAUUGUAAACUCAUUCCAAAGACCGUCAACACAUUGUAAACUCAUUCCAAAGACCGUCAACACAUUGUAAACUCAUUCCCAAGACCGUCAACACAUUGUAAACUCAUUCCCAAGACCGUCAACCCAUUGUAAACUCAUUCCAAAGACCGUCAACAGUCAACACAUUGUAAACUCAUUCCCACAUGUUGCUGCUCUUCAGCGCUCGGUUUUCUUAGUUUAGCACUGAUGGUUCCAUGUUCUGUUAGAACCCUCUGAACUGUUAGCUUAGCACUAAUGGUUCCAUGUUCUGUUAAAACCCUCUGAACUGUUAGCUUAGCACUAAUGGUUCCAUGUUCUGUUAGAACCCUCUGAACUGUUAGCUUAGCACUAAUGGUUCCAUGUUCUGUUAGAACCCUCUGAACUGUUAGCUUAGCACUGAUGGUUCCAUGUUCUGUUAGAACCCUCUGAACUGUUAGCUUAGCACUGAUGGUUCCAUGUUCUGUUAGAAUCCUCUGAACUGUUAGCUUAGCACUAAUGGUUCCAUGUUCUGUUAGAACCCUCUGAACUGUUAGCUUAGCACUGAUGGUUCCAUGUUCUGUUAGAAUCCUCUGAACUGUUAGCUUAGCACUGAUGGUUAGAUGUUCUGUUAGAACCCUCUGAACUGUUAGCUUAGCACUGAUGGUUCCAUGUUCUGUUAGAACCCUUUGAACUGUUAGCUUAGCACUGAUGGUUCCAUGUUCUGUUAGAACCCUCUGAACUGUUAGCUUAGCACUGAUGGUUCCAUGUUCUGUUAGAACCCUCUGAACUGUCACAGAACCAUAAAACGUAGAUAUGGUAUGAUCUUAGAUCGUCUGUGACUAGAUGUUCCAUGGCCGGCAUGCCGUCCUAUCCUGGGCAGCUUAGUGGGGCAGUCAUGACACGGUUGGGACUUUAUUGACCUUUUCUGUUCUAUGAUCUUUUUAAAAGCACGUAGGCAUUACUACCCAAAUGGCACCCUAGCCACUACAUAGUGCACAUUUUGGGAUGCGGCCUACAUCUCUUUGAAAUGAAGGUUUGAAGGGGGUAACUACAUGAAGAACAUAUAAAUACUAUAUUAUGUAUAUAUUUUACUGAGACUGACCACAAAUAAACGGUCCCUCCUUGAGACGGAGACGGCUGAAAACAGAGUGGGUUGUAUACCAGGACUCUUAUUGGUUCUGAACCAUAGGGUUGGGUUCUAUAAUAGAACUCUAAUGGUUCUGAACCAUAGGGUGGGUUCUAUAAUAGAACUCUAAUGGUUCUGAACCAUAGGGUUGGGUUCUAGAAUAGAACUCUAAUCGUUCUGAACCAUAGGGUUGGGUUCUAUAAUAGAACUCUAAUGGUUCAGAACCAUAGGGUGGGUUCUAUAAUAGAACUCUAAUGGUUCUGAAGCAUAGUGUGGGUCCUAUAAUAGAACUCUAAUGGUUCUGAACCAUAGGGUGGGUUCUAUAAUAGAACUCUAAUGGUUCCGAACCAUAGGGUUGGGUUCUAUAAUAGAACUCUAAUGGUUCUGAACCAUAGGGUGGGUUCUAUAAUAGAACUCUAAUGGUUCUGAACCAUAGGGUGGGUUCUAUAAUAGAACUCUAAUGGUUCUGAACCAUAGGGUUGGGUUCUAUAAUAGAACUCUAAUCGUUCUGAACCAUAGGGUGGGUUCUAUAAUAGAACUCUAAUGGUUCUGAACCAUAGGGUGGGUUCUAUAAUAGAACUCUAAUGGUUCUGAACCAUAGGGUGGGUUCUAUAAUAGAACUCUAAUGGUUCUGAACCAUAGUGUGGGUUCUAUAAUAGAACUCUAAUGGUUCUGAACCAUAGGGUGGGUUCUAUAAUAGAACUCUAAUGGUUCUGAACCAUAGGGUUGGGUUCUAUAAUAGAACUCUAAUGGUUCUGAACCAUAGGGUGGGUUCUAUAAUAGAACUCUAAUGGUUCUGAACCAUAGGGUGGGUUCUAUAAUAUAACUCUAAUGGUUCUGAACCAUAGGGUGGGUUCUAUAAUAGAACUCUAAUGGUUCUGAACCAUAGGGUUGGGUUCUAUAAUAGAACUCUAAUGGUUCUGAACCAUAGUGUGGGUUCUAUAAUAGAACUAAUGGUUCUGAACCAUAGGGUGGGUUCUAUAAUAGAACUCUAAUGGUUCUGAACCAUAGGGUGGGUUCUAUAAUAGAACUCUAAUGGUUCUAGGGUUCUUCUGACUCUGUGCUCCUGUCUGGCUUCAUAGUAACGGCUUGUCAGAGCCUCUGUCAAGUCGUUUCCCAACUGUUCCGUCUGUAUAGCAUGUCAAUAAAACACAUUUUGUCUGGAG